AUGGGAUUAAUUAGAAAGGCAUUUAAGAAAUUAGACUUGAAUCACAAGUCUCGUGAUCAGCAAGAUUCAAACAAUGAUACUAGUCAACAGAAUCAAUCACUGGAUAAUAGUGCUCAAACAGCUGAUGCCGGUUAUAAUCGACCACCAGCUCCACCACCGGCAAGUAAUAAUAAUGAACGACAACAAAGUCAAAACUCUGCCCCUGAAUUAGCUCCUAGACCAAAUCAAUCUCACCCAAUUGAUGGUGAUGAUAUUUUAUCUACCCCAAUUGCUACUGGUCCUCCACCACAAUUGUUCAACAAAGUUAGACACAAUCAAUUACCUAUUGGAUGUUGUUGUGAAGAAAAGGAUGAACCAAUUCAUACAAACAGUUUCUAUAACAAUCUUACUAUUGGUGAUCAAAUGAUGCCUGUGUGGCCACUUCCUUAUAGUAUGUGGUAUCUGGUAGAUCCUGAUCAAGAUCAUGGGUUUGCUUUCAAUCACACUGAUGCAGCACAGAGAGUAUUUGGACCUGAUCCCGAUGCUGUUCCUGCUCAAUUUUAUUUCAACCCUCCAAAGAUUAAGUCAUGGGUGAUUUCCGGUAUUAAUAACCCCAAAUUGACUUUAUCUGAUCAUAGAUUAAUGUCAGUAACUACUAGAUUAGAAGGUGGAAAUGGUAAAAUUACUAUUCCAAUCGUUCAAGGUAUGGGAUUCAUCACCGCCAUCUAUGAAAAUGUGAAUCCUGUUUUUGCAUCCCAAGUCGGUGUCCAGGAGUUUAACAAAGUUGGAAAUGUUGUCGGUAACGUUCAAAAAUACACCGCCAAGUUGUUUAAUCAAGUAGUUUGGUCAAUUUACAGUACUGUCGAUUUGUCUUUGAAAGAUCCUAACCAUGUGGUUGGUAAUGCACCGGGAACUAUUCAAUUUGCUCGUGGUGAUUCUCAACAUUAUGAUGAAACUGCUGGUGCUUACGCCGAAAGUGCUGAAGUUUCUGCAUCAGCCGAUGGGGACAAAGGUCAAUAUAAAUUCACUUACAACAUCAAGGGUAACUCAAAAUCUGGUAAAACGAUUGUUUGGGCACUUCCACAUCAUCAAGAAGUUGUAAUCAAUACCCAACCAACUGAUUUGACUCUUGACUCUCCAACUAAAGGAGUUAUGAGAUCUUAUGUCACAAAUGAACUUCUCAUGCAAGAACAACUUCCAGUUGAUAUCAUGUGGGAACCAUGGGCUGUAUUUUCUCCAAAGGCUAAAUACUCAGAUGAUGCUAAGAACUUGAUUAGAAAGGUUGCUGAGGAAGAAAUAAAACAAGACGUUGUUGGUAUGGCAAAUAUCGAUUCCAUGUAUACGGCUGGUAAAGUUUUAGACAAGUUUGCACAUAUCGCUUAUGUUACCAAAUUUAUUUUAAAUGAUGAUGGCUUAACCAAUGAAAUCUUCCCUAAAGUGAAGCAAGCUGUUGAAAUAUUUGCUAAAAAUCAACAACAAUUUGGAUUGGUUUAUGAUUGUACAUGGAAAGAUUUGAUUUCAUCAGCAGAUCCUGCUGCUGAUUUCGGUAAUGCUAAUUAUAAUGAUCACCAUUUCCACUAUGGGUACCACGUUCAUGCAAUUGCAUUACUUGCGAAAGUUGAUCCAAAUGUUUUGACUGACAAUGAUUCACUUCUUGGAAACUAUGCGAAGGUUUUGCUUAGAGAUACAUGUAGUCCUCAAGUUGAUCAAUGGUUCCCACAAUUCAGAUCAUUUGAUUUCUUCAAUGGUCAUUCAUGGGCUCAUGGUAUUUUCCCUUCAGGUGAUGGUAAAGAUAAUGAAUCAUCUAGUGAGAUGUACCACUUUGCUCGUGCCAUCAAAUUAUUUGGUAACGUCUGUGGUGAUAAGAGUAUGGAAAAGAGAGGUGAAUUAAUGUUGGCAAUUAUGAAAAGAAGUGUUAACAUGUAUAUGCUUUAUUCUGAUGACAACAAAAUUCAACCACCAAAUUUCAUCGGAAAUAAGGUUUCUGGUAUUUUGUUUGAAAACAAGAUUGAUUAUUCGACUUAUUUCGGAAAAGGAACUAUUGGGGAUGAAUGGAUUCAUGGUAUCCACAUGUUACCUAUUACUCCUGUUUCAUCAUACUUCCGUAGCCCUCAGUUUGUUAAAGAAGAAUGGGAACAGAAACUAGCUGCAUGGAUUGACCAAAUUCCAGAUGGUUGGAAGGGUAUUUUGAUGCUUAACAAGGCAUUAUUUGAUCCUAAAUCAGCAUGGGAUUGGUUUGCUAGAGAUGAUUGGAACCAAGCGCAAAUCGAUAAUGGUAUGUCCAGAACCUGGUCAUUGGCAUUCAUUGCAGCUAUCAUGUAG